AGUCUCCGCGACGCCCAGGGGACUGGAGGGACGCACUGAGCAUGUGCAGAGCAGCUCGGCGGCGGCUGCUGCGGCCGGAGGCGAGGGCCCGGUGCUGAUGCUAACCGCCGGCUCGGCCUCAGCCCGCGCGUGGUCGGCCCCUCAGGCCGGGGCGGCAGGGAAGGAGCCGUAGCCUUGCCGUGGCCCGAGGAGCCGGCGCGGCGGCGCUCACUCCCUGGCGGCCGCGGCGCCCUCCGGCCCCACGAUGAUGGCGGAGCAGGUGAAAUGCGCCUCCGCGGGGGUCAGCUCCGGAGCGGGUUCCGGGCCGGUGGUGAACGCGGAGCUGGAGGUGAAGAAGCUGCAGGAGCUGGUGCGCAAGCUGGAGAAGCAGAACGAGCAGUUGCGGAGCCGCGCGGCCAGCGCGGCCGCCGCCCCGCACCUGCUGCUGUUGCCGCCGCCACCGCCCGCCGCGCCGCCCCCCGCCGGGGCCUGCAGCCCGUUGGGUCCUCGGAGCCCCCCGGCCGCCACGGCCACCGCCGCAGCCUCAGGUGGCCUGGGGCUCGGGCUGGCUCUGGGCGCGGGGGGCGGAGGCGGCAGCGGCAGCGGCGGCGGCUCCAGCCCCGCGUUCCCGGGCACCUUCUGCCUGCCUAGCCCCGCGCCCACCCUGCUCUGCAGCCUGGCGCAGCCACCCGAGGCGCCCUUCGUCUACUUCAAGCCGGCGGCGGGCUUCUUCGGCCCCGGCGGUGGCGGGCCGGAGCCGGGGGGCGCGGGGACGCCGCCGGGGGGAGCUGCAGCGACGCCCUCGCCGCCCCCAACGCUGCUGGAAGAGGUGGAACCGCUGGAUCUGGAGAGCUUAGCCGCCUGGCGGGACGAGGACGACUACACCUGGUUAUACGUUGGCUCUUCAAAGAUGUUCACCUCAUCAGAGAAAUCCCUGACUCCUCUGCAGUGGUGUAGACAUGUCCUAGAUAACCCAACUCCUGAGAUGGAAGCAGCGAGACGGUCCCUGUGCUUUAGACUGGAGCAAGCUAGCCGAUGGCGGAGUCUCUUCUCUUCAACUGCCUCACUGGCUUUUCCUUAUAGUCCCGUUGCAAGACUCAGCCCUUAUAGCAAUGGCAUUAAUACUCCCAGCUUCUCUAAAACCUCAAAUAAAGCAAUACUAACACCUGAAAAAACAGGUUACACUUCCAGGGGCUCCCCGCUCAGUCCCCAGUCAUCUAUCGACAGUGAGCUGAGUACUUCAGAACUGGAGGAUGAUUCUAUCUCCAUGGGAUAUAAAUUGCAGGACCUCACUGAUGUUCAGAUCAUGGCUCGUCUGCAAGAAGAAAGUCUCAGGCAAGAUUAUGCUUCUACUUCAGCAUCUGUAUCAAGACAUAGUUCCAGUGUGUCAUUGAGUUCAGGAAAAAAAGGGACAUGUAGUGAUCAAGAAUAUGACCGAUACAGUCUGGAAGAUGAAGAGGAAUUUGAUCAUUUGCCACCACCUCAGCCUCGUCUUCCGAGAUGUUCCCCUUUCCAAAGAGGAAUUCCCCAUUCACAGACUUUCUCCAGCAUUCGGGAGUGUAGGAGGAGCCCCAGUUCCCAGUAUUUUCCUUCAAAUAAUUACCAGCAGCAACAGUAUUAUUCACCUCAAGCCCAAACUCCAGAUCAGCAACCAAAUAGGACCAAUGGAGAUAAGCUCCGAAGAAGUAUGCCUAACCUAGCCCGGAUGCCAAGUACAACCGCUGUUAGUAGCAACGUUAGUUCUCCAGUCACCGUGCGAAAUAGUCAGAGUUUUGACUCAAGCUUGCAUGGAGCUGGAAAUGGAAUUUCAAGAAUACAAUCUUGUAUUCCAUCACCGGGACAGCUUCAGCACAGAGUCCACAGUGUGGGGCAUUUCCCAGUGUCUGUCCGACAACCUCUUAAAGCCACAGCCUAUGUGAGUCCAACCGUUCAAGGCAGCAGUAACAUGCCUUUAUCGAAUGGCUUACAGCUAUAUUCCAACACAGGAAUCCCCACACCAAACAAAGCUGCAGCUUCUGGAAUAAUGGGUCGCAGUGCACUCCCAAGACCUUCGUUGGCAAUAAAUGGGAGUAACCUGCCUCGAAGCAAAAUUGCACAACCUGUUAGAAGUUUUCUUCAGCCUCCAAAGCCUCUGUCUUCACUCAGCACUCUGAGGGAUGGAAAUUGGAGAGAUGGUUGCUACUGAUGCAGUUUUAUGUACCCUUGAAAAAUGGGAAAGAAGUAAAUAAAAAUGAGGGUUGUGUUACCUAGCUGGCUGGGUAACAGUGGAUGUUGGGAUAUUCUUUCCCUUUUGUGUUUUAAUAUAUUUACUGCAUUGUUUCUCAAUGGACCAGUCACCAGAGACUAAUUAUUGCACUUAAAUAUUUGCCUGAGAUACUGCAACAUUCUCAAACCCAUGGUUGCAGUAUUGUGACACUUAGAUCUAGGAAGUUUUUGUAGAACUGCUCUGUACCUGAAUACUUUUUGAGAGAAUUGAAAUGUAUCAAUAAUGCUUUGCCAUAUGAGUUUUUUAAAGUAACUUGUUCAAUUUACUUACAUGUUCUAAACAUCUUUCCAUUACGUGUUCUGUAUUUUAAUACAUUGCAUAUUGACAACUAGGUUCUAUAAUGUAUGCUUUGAAAUUUACUUUUUUAUAGUUUACAGGAAUUUUAUUUUUUGUGCCUAUUUCUUUUUACACCUAUGUGAACCACUAUGGAACAACUUAAAUUUUGUGCCAUAAAAAUAUUUUUGUGGUAAGGUACUAUUUUUUUAGCUCUAGGGAUAUAUCAGCAAAAAUACAUCAUGCAGUUUGAGAGACAUAAUUUUGUGUUGAAUGAGCACAACAUAAUUUGAGGCAUUGCAAGGAGAUAGCCAGACAGCAGCGUUAAAUGGUCCUGUCUUUUUCAUUGUUAAUUUAUUGUCAUACAUGGGUUUCAUAUUUAUAACGACAUCAUGAGCUCAUUGCACUUAAUACCUGCAAUGUUUGCUACUGUACCACAACUGAUUUUCAAUACUUUAUUACAAAGGAUGAAACUGUAAUGUUUUAUUAACAAUGCUUCUGGAAAUGAAUGCAUUUUAAAGCAAAUAAAUCUUUUUGAUAGACCUUUUACAAAAUCCAUUUGCACUAAUGAAUGCUUUCUUAUGGCAUAUAACUAAAUAUUUGUUACUGUGUACACUGCUGUUUUGGAAUGUUCAGAAAUAAAGACUCUAUUUCAGCAAUA